UGAAGUUUCAAAAGAGACUUGUUAAAGGGAAGGGAAGGGACGGGAAAGGAAGAUCUAAAAAUUCCUAGAAUCGCGUAGCGUGGCCUCUAAAUCUCUGGGUUCAUCCCAUCCGCAAGGCAACACAAAGUCUCUCCAAAUGAAGUGAGAGCUCCGAGCUUGGAUUGAUAAGUUUGGCAUGCAAGAAGAAGAAGAAGAAUGACAUCAUCGAAAAAGGAGGGUUUAGGAUGGAUGGAAUGGAUGAGGGGAUGGGUGAAUGUGGUAUACGAGAUGCUGUUCCAGAGAAUAAUGGCGAGCCACUUGCACAACCCCAUGCCUCUUCCUCCUCUCAACGACAUUACCUGCGUUGUCACCGGAUCCACCAGUGGUAUCGGUCGCGAAAUUGCCAGGCAGUUGGCCGAGUCCGGCGCACAUGUUGUUAUGGCCGUCAGGAAUCCCAAAGCUGCUCACGACUUGAUUCAGACGUGGCAGAACGAUUGGUCUCUAAUGGGCCUCGGUCUCCCCCUCAAUAUUGAGGUCAUGGAACUUGAUCUUCUUUCCUUGGAUUCCGUCGUCUCCUUCGCUCAAGCUUGGAAUGCGCGUUUAGGACCUUUGCAUGUUCUUAUUAAUAAUGCUGGAAUUUUUUCAAUUGGAGAGCCGCAAAAAUUUUCAAAGAAUGGGUAUGAAGAACACAUGCAAGUCAAUCAUCUGGCUCCUGCGUUGCUUUCAAUAUUGCUUUUGCCAUCCCUUGUGAGAGGCUCUCCAAGUCGUAUAAUUAAUGUGAAUUCUGUCAUGCAUUAUGUUGGCUUUGUUGACACGGAAGACAUGAAUGUUGUUUCUGGGAAGAGGAAAUAUACAAGCUUAGUGGGUUAUGCAAGCAGCAAGCUCGCACAGGUUAUGUUUAGUAGUGUCCUCCAUAAGCGGCUGCCUGCUGAAGCUGGUAUUAGUGUAGUUUGUGUAUCACCUGGAAUUGUUCAUACAAAUGUUGCGAGGGAUCUUCCCAGAAUUGUUCAGGCUGCAUAUCAUCUAAUACCCUAUUUUAUCUUUAGUGCUCAGGAAGGUUCUAGGAGUGCUCUUUUUGCUGCCACCGACCCUCAAGUUCCAGAAUACUGCGAACUAUUGAAAGCAGAUGAAUGGCCUGUUUGUGCUUUCUUAUCUCAAGAUUGUCGUCCAACAAAUCCUUCUGAAGAAGCACACAAUACCGAAACUUCACAUGAAGUGUGGGAGAAGACACUAGAGAUGAUUGGUCUUCCUUCAGAUGCUGUGGAGAGGCUCAUAGAAGGUGAAGAAAUUAUCUGCAAAUAUGGAGCUAACCAGGGGUAAUUUACAUAAUUAUUUGUCACGCUAUGAGUUGCUAAAUUAUUCUUAAAAGUCCAAAACAAACGCUCAAUGUACAUGAUGUAUCUAGGCUGCUCUUGUACUCCUAGUUGAUUAGAGGGUCUUGUUAUUCCUUCUUGUGAGGAAGAAUGGAGCACCCUGGUCAUUCUGGUGGGCGUUUUAAUGACAUUUGUUUUGCCUCGAACAUCAUUGCUAUCUUUAUCAUUCGUCAUUA